CAGCUCAUUGCGCGUCCACGGCCGCCCAGCCCGUCCAAUCCAGCCCGUCGCGCGAGAGCUCUGCGAGCCGCCCGCGUCGCCGCCCCGCACUGCCCCGAUCGCCCGUGCAGCUCCGCCCGCACCGCCUGCCUGCCCGACACACGGCCCCGAGCUCCCCCUCACAUUUGAUGGCCACGUCCACGGCCCUGCCCGCUUGCGCACAGCCGCGCUAGCACAGGAGUCGGCCGCAGCGCCGCCCAGCAUCCGCGCGCUCCUGCACGAGCUGCCGUGCAACGUUCCAGCACCGCCGCCAAGAUGGACGGCCGGCCGCGCAACAACUACCCCAAUGGCCUGGGAGACCCGCGCGCCCCGGGCAGAGGCCCCGCGCCUGGAGCUUCGCGGGGGCCGCCCUCCACCACCAGCUCGGGCGCCGCGUCGUCGUCCAUGUCUCGCGCCGAGCGCUUCGACGACGAGCGCCGCCGCAUCACCGAGAGCUGCUUCGCCAAGGUCGACGACCAGGGGCAGCUGCAGGAGUCGUACAUCACCCACAUCCGCGUCACCGAGGAUGCCGUCUAUCCCCAGUCGCCGGCGCCGCCCACCUCGGCCGCCUCCAACAAGAAGGGGCGUAUCAUCAUGAUCUCCGUGCGGAACACGGGCCGAGUCAAGCUGCACAAGGCGCGUGAGAACGCCAACGGCAGCUUCUCCAUUGGCAAGACCUGGCCCAUGGAGGAUCUCACCGCCGUCGAGAACUUCGUACAGCUGGAGCCCAAGUCCCAGGAAGAAGAGCAGAAGAAGCAGUGGGCCGGCGAGAAGGGCUUCAUGGUCACCAUCUCGAAGCCGUACUACUGGGAGGCAGGCACCGCCAAAGAGAAGGAGUUCUUCAUCGGCAGCAUGGUGAAGAUCUACAACAAGUACACAAAGGGCGACUUUCCCAUCUUGUCCGGAUUCGGCGCCGCCGAGUUGAACAGCCUGACGAAUGGCCGGCCGCACCUGGCGACAGCAGAAGGCAAGGCCAGCGCGAAACUAGGAGGACGUGAGGAAUUGCAGGAUCCAGCCGUGCAGCGGCAAUUCCCACCCAAGUCGCCAGGACCGCCACCUCGGAGACCAGGCGACUUCUCGUCCGCUCCCUCCGACGAAGGAAGAAGAGGACCUACACCACAGACCUCGAACCCGAACUUCAGAAGACCUCCCGGCGAGUUUGCCGGACCUCGAAGACCUGGGCAGGACGAGCGCGGUGGCAGCAGGCCAAGUACCGGAGACGAUGCCCGCCGGCCCUCACCGUUCAACCAGAAUCAAAACAUGCCGCCUGUGCCGUCCUUGCGGCAGAAACCAUCCAUGGAACAAAGCAUUCGAUCGCGACCUAGCGGCGAAAGCAUGAGACCGCGUCAACAAAUGCGAGACCCUGUACCACCAACGCCACCAAUGCCGUCUCAAAAUCUGACACCCCAAUCCUCGACAUCUGCAUUUGGUGUUCGACCAGAGACCCCACAAUCAGGCGGCGACUUUGUUCCGAACUUGCCGUCGGCACUGAGUCCAGGGAGACGAGUACAGGCCGAUGAUGCUCGCUCUCAACGAUCACAGAGGUCUUUUGAUGAGCAGUCGUUCGAGAGUGCAAGUGCAAAUAUGCCUCCACCUGAGCAGCGCAGACAGAAUGGAUUUCCGUCGCCCAGGCGAGAUAUAUCUCCAAGAGGCCUUAGGCCCGGCACAGCUCAAAGCAACGCGAGUUCGAUCACUGGUCGCGUCGAGGAUAUGCCUCCAGAAGCACCUCCACAGCGCCGUAGACCAUUUAUGGACUCUCAACCAUCCUCGCUAUCACAGCAGAGUGCUGUCAGCACCGAUAAUGAGGGAGGUUCGUUCCGCACCCCAUCAGCCACCCCGCCGCCCCCGCUAGAAGUCCCGCCGCGGAGGAGACCACAAGAUAUCCCAGACAGGCUCAAGCCUGCCUCUCGAGAUGGAUCAGCGCCUCCACAGAACAUGCCACAAGCCAUGCCGCCGCCAACAUCGCCGCUUCCACCACCCCCGCCUGCAGUUCUGCCUGAGCCGCCGGCACCUGUGACUGUGCCUGCACCUGAGCCUGCGCCAGCGCCUGCGCCUGUGCCCGCGCCAGCGCCCGAACCGGUAGCCGUAGAAGAGCCCCCAGUUCAACAGCAAGCACCUAGUGAACCAGCUGCGGCGCAGCCUGCAGAGGCCUCUUUAGCUGCCGCAGAGGAGAAGGAGUCUCAGGCAGGCGCGAACCGGUUCCCAAUGCUGAAGAAGACAGUAUCACCUCCAGCGGAUGCUGCGAAUAAGUUCCGUAAACUGGCUGCAGCUGCAGGUGCCUUCAAGCCCCGAGCUGGAGGUGCCGCUGCAAAGCUGCUUGCAAAGGAGACAAAGACGUCUGAUGAACCUGAUGGCAUCAGCGGGGUAUUCGUGCCCAAGCGACUAGCACCUGUAGAGGCACCCAAAGAAGAGGCUGUUGAGAAAAAGGCGGAUGAGCCUGGGUCAAGACCGACGUCAAGCCGCGCAUCAAGGGAUCUGCCGAAGAUCACCACUGAUGCUGUACCCGCAGUCACUGUUUCGGGCCCACUUUCGCCUGUCCCGGCCAUAGAAGAGCCUCAACCGGAGCUUGCAGAAGAGGAGGCCCUUCGAGCACCAACCCCAGAGGCAUUGGAGGCCACCACUGCUGAUGUGGUAGCUGAUCCAGAGCCACGUAAGAAGAAGAGACGCUCUAAUCAACAGGUCAUGAACAUUUCCAAGCUUGGCAUUGAUCCCUCCAUCAUGGACGAGCGAGGUCUGGGCUUCGAAAGUCUGCUUACAGAACUCGGUUGGGGAGGUAGUGACAUUACACCGAAACAUAUUGAGACCCUUGAGAUUGACAUCAAGCGUGAGAUUGCACGUGUUGAAGCGGGUAGCUGGCUCAAUCAUCUUGAACAGAAAGAUGAUCGAGUCGAAGCCGUUGAACGUAUGCUGGAUCGUGCUAUCGCAGAGUGCGACGAAAUGGAAGGUCUGCUUACCUUGUACAACGUCGAAUUAAGUAGUCUGAACGACGACAUUGCCUUCAUUGAAGCACAAAGUCAGGGUCUCCAGGUGCAGACAGCUAAUCAACGCUUGCUGCAACACGAACUACGACAGCUGGUUGAGACGAUUUCGAUUACGACCGAUCAACUAGAAGUCUUGCGACGUGCGCCGAUCGGCAAGCUCGGCGGCUUGAACGAGAUUGAAGAUGCACUGGUGUUGCUUUACAAGGCACUACUCACCAUCGAUCCUGCCUUCGUCGCAGGCAGAGGCGCCAGUCUGGGGAAAGCAACGAGUAGCUCCGGCUUUGGCAAUAGCGAGCUCGCGACCAUGCAAGCCUUGCAGGAGAAGCGCGAUAACUACCUCGGUGAGGGCGCUAUGUUCUUGGACCGACUGAAGAAGCAUAUGGAGAUUACUUUCGGUGCUGCUUUUCUGACGACAAUGGACGCUCUGAAGCAGAUUGAUCAAGGUUCCAUGCCAUCUCUGAGGAAAAACAUCGAGGCGCAUGACGCUGGCCGGAGCGAACUUUGGAUGUUGAGUCCAGUCAUCCUCUUUGCUAAAGAGAUUGAUCGAAAUUCUUGGGAUACUCUGAUCCGCAUGUAUCAAGGCCAAGCUGCUCAACUAUAUCAACAAGAGGUCCGCGACAACAUGUUGGCCUGGAGACGAUUUGCCCGGAAACCUGGAGGUGAUGAACAGGACCUGCUUUUCACCAGCACACAAGAAAAGGAGCCCGAGAGCAUGGCAGGAACUGCGCGUAAGCUCACCGUCAAGCGCUCUCAAACACUGGCUCGUGGCCUUCGCUCAGCAUCAGGCGAUAAGGAGACCAAGGUUGUCAGAGCUCCACAAGAUGGCAAGCUGCAUGCCUUCGACGUGUUCGGGAGGGUGUUGGAUGACAUCGGUCCAGUUCUACUCACUGAGCAAAACUUCAUCACUGAGUUCUUCCACGCUACAUCCACAGAUGCCAUCGACUUUCCAGAUGCAGUAGCGUCUGCGCCGCCACAAUCCCGUCGUGGACCAAAUUUGUGGAUCAGGAAGCAGUUCGAGGCCGACAGAUCGAUGGCUAAGCGCGUUGCUGAUGUCAUGGAGGACAUAUUCUCGUUCUGGCCGACUGAGAUCCAGAGCCUUGUGGACUGGGCUGUUGGGUCGGAUCCCCUUCAAGGAGUGGGUAUAUUGACAGCUGUCGAUCGUAAAUUGGUCGACAUCGAAGACUCAAACCAGGAUUUCCUCACACGUACGUUGCAGAAGAUCCACGAACGCCUGAAGGGCCUUUUCAGUCGUUUCCUCGACGAGCAGAUCCGCGCGAUCGAGGACACCAAAGUCAAGAUCAAAAAGCGCAAGGGAGUGAUUGCCUUUAUGAAGACGUUCCCUCACUUCUCCAUGGCCAUUGAGAACAUGCUGCUGUCGCCGUCGGAUGGCGGCGAUCAGCUUGAGAUCCGGCGCAUGGUCAACGACGGCUACCAAAGGAUCAACAAAGCUAUGUUUGAAAGCUUGAAGGUCAUUGCCAAAGAAUCACCUACGGUCAUGGGCACGCAAGGCCAGGGUGAUCCGGAGGAUAAAGAAGCCCUUAACUACCACAUUCUGCUCAUUGAGAACAUGAACCAUUAUAUGGAAGAGGUCGAUGCCCGCCCUGACACUGUCCUUGACUACUGGAAAGGCAAAGCUCAGGACGAGUACACUGAGCACAUGAACCUCUACGUCGACGCGGUUGUACGCCGCCCGCUCGGCAAGCUACUGGAAUUCAUUGAGUCGACUGAAACCCUGCUCGCUGCCCGCGGUGGCUCGCCAGUAUCUAUUGCUCAGCGAUCGUCACACUCACGCUCCGUAUUCAAGAAACUCGUAAACUCGCACGACGCCAAGGAAAUGCGCAAGGGCAUUGAAGCGCUGAAGAAGCGCGUCGACAAGCAUUUUGGCGAUGCCGAUGAUCCGAGCAUCAGUCGUGACUUGGUAUUCAAGGUGCUCAAAGAAUGCGAGAGGAAGUACAUCGGGGUCGGCGAAAGAGUGCAGAGGAUCAAUCAGGACGUAUACCAGGGCGAGGUUGAAGUCGACUGGGGUACGAACGAGGUGCAGGGUGCCUUCAGGCGAUAAUGUCUCGGAAAGAUAGGUGACUGGUGUACUACAUGAAGCGUUGUGUGUAUGUGGGACUGAUCGAUGUUGUAUAUGGUACACUUGCAUUGGAAUGGCAGCAGGCUACGGCCCCUGCUUGUUUAUGGCGUUCACAUUGGGCGACGCUGCGUUCAGAUGAUUGAAUCUAUGACGUUUACUUCA